AUGGCUGGUGGAGUAGGGGGACAAAGGUGAGUUCACAGAAUCCUAGGCCUGAGUCGCAUGACGAAGACGGCCGCGACUCGAUCAGGAGAGUUGUCGCAAAGCGAAGAGAACGAUCAAUCUCGAAGAUACCUGUCAUCAGUUGUUGAAGCAGAGCAUGGACCUGGCAGAUGGUCAAGGUGUGUCCACAGCGCGGACUCGAGCGAGGGCGUGGGCGAGACAACGGGUGGCCGACGGACGAUGGCGAUGCUCAACAACCCCAGAACACGCUUGGGAAGAGACGGACGGAGGUCGAAUGUACGUCGAGGGACUUGA